CCCUGUGGUGAGAUCGCCUUGCUCAAGGCCUGACCUCACUGUGGAGGGUUCAGCAUUCCUCGCAUGGAGAAGCCAAACCCACUUUUUGCAAAUACACAGCUGGAAAGUUGUGAGGAGCCCCGGUCUGUACAGCCAUCAGUGAUGUGGGAGAGAGGGAGGUCCGGUCUGUUCUGUAACACUAGGAGACACACACAGGCAGACUGGGGGUGGGAAGCAAGAAGUGAAGCGGACACGUAGCUGCCACAGCCCUUCUCCUGACAGUUGCACCCGCUCUGCAUCUUCCUCUACUGCGACUCUCUCAGCAGCUCGCCCCGGGGAACAUUCUCACAAGUGCUAACUUUGGACAAACUCCCAGGAGCGGCUUUGUGCUUUAUUGGAGACACAUGGGGCUUCUCCUAACUAUGCAGGGAUGUGUUGCACAAUGUGGCUUUUAUGUGCGAUAAUAUAAGGACAGAAGGAGUCUGUGCGACUGAUGUGCUCACUUGGAUAGGGGCUUGAGCGACACUUGGCUGGAAUACACUGGCAGGGUAACUGAACAGAAUUAUCGACUGACAGCGCAAGGAUCUGCUCAGUCCCUGAACACUAUCGGCCGGAGUAAGUGCGAUGCGCUAACAUAAGAGCAUCUGGAUUCCUUGGAAGUGAGCGACAGAAGCCGCGCCAAGCUUUGUAACUAACCCUGGUGCCUCUUGCGUCUCCUGUUGGGAUGUGGGUGCGACGGCCUGGCGAGGGGUGAGGAUGGCAUCGGCUGUUUUUGAGGGUACCUCCCUGGUGAAUAUGUUUGUGAAGGACUGCUGGGUGAACGGGAUCAGGAGACUUAUCAUUAAUCGCAAGGGGGACGAGGAGGAGUUCUUCGAGAUCCGGACAGAAUGGUCAGACAGGAACAUAUUGUACUUGCACAGGAGCUACUCGGACCUGGGGCGACUCUUCAGGAGGCUGCUCGACUCUUUCCCUGAGGAUCACGGCGAGUUGUCCCGCUCUUCUUUGCUGGAAGGUCUUAUUACAAUUAAAGAUGCUCAUGAAAUUGAAGCAAGACUUAAUGAAGUAGAGAAGCUUUUGAAGACAAUCAUAAAUAUGCCUUGCAAGUAUUCAAGAUCAGAAGUGGUUCUCACAUUCUUUGAGAGGUCUCCGUUGGACCAAGUAUUAAAAAAUGAUAACGUACACAAGAUUCAGCCAAGCUUUCAAAGUCCCAUUAAAAUAUCUGAAAUCAUGAGAUCCAAUGGAUUCUGUUUAGCAAACACGGAAACCAUAGUGAUUGAUCACAGCCUUACCCAUGUGAAAGAUCCAGAUUUGGAUGUUGAUUCCACAGAUCUUUUAUAUGGAAAUGGGGCUGAAUUCUCUCCAGAUGCAGAGGACAACGAUGAUCCAUCAGCUUAUGUUACCAAUUUGUCCUACUAUCACUUGGUUCCAUUUGAAACAGAUAUAUUGGACUGAUAUCUCUCAUUUCAGAUUGAAAUGAUCUUGAUCUUGUUAUAACCUGUUGCGUGCUGCUGUUCUUAUGGGCUUUUUUAACAAAAAGAAUCCAACGCCUGGUAGAAAUAUGCACAAAAUGUACACACUGCAUCAGUGCAGUAGAAUAGGUUGUACCGUAAGCCUCUGUUUUUAUAAAGUAUCAGUAUCAGCUCAGCAGUGAAAACUAUGACUUGGCCUAGUAGUGCAUGAUCUCAGGCAAUUAUUACUGCAUGGCCUUAAUUGGAUUCUUGAAUACCAGUAGCACGAAGGAUCUAGAAAACAAACACAUUUAUGCUGGAAUGAGUUCGUUGUUGUAAGGAAAACAAGAAAUAAGAAGGAAAGGGGAUCAUUUGGAAUUGCACUUAACAGAAAGUUCUGACAAUGUGAGAAGAGGAAUGAAUGCACUGGGUGAAGUAAAUACAUUGGCAAUCGUUUGUGGAUUUUAUCUUGUGGGAGUGUGUCAUUUAAAUUUGUCUUCCACAAGCAUAUUUUGUGAAGGUUUCCAUCUGUUUGAAUCCUUGGACAUCAGUACGUUUAAAGAUAUGUCAAAUGCAAGUGAGCUUUCUUGGAUACAUGAAAAUGUAGCUGAAUCUGUUUGCUACUGAGCCGUGCAAUAUUAUGUAUUUUAUACCACUCAGAUAAUUAAUGAAGAAAAUUCUACAAUUACAUUUAUAAAGGGAUUUCUGCCAUAUGGAUGUUUUCUUGAAAUGGGCGGUCAUUUAUUUUGCAUUUAAAAAAAUUCUCAUUUCAGCUCUGUAUUCUAACAGGAACUAAAUUCUAAUGUAAAUAAUAGUAAAUUAUUUAAAAUCGUAAUUCUUUUAUACAGUGUGUUUAAAGCAAUAUUUUAUUGAAAUAAAAACUAUUACUC